AUACCCUUAAAUAAUUAAAAUUGAAUUUAAACUUCAUUAAAUCAGUUUAAAGCAAAUGAAGAGGGCUCAGUUGCUGCACUGUAUUUGGGUUUUCUGACCCCCUACUGCAAGUCCAGACUGCGCCCCUGGCGGCGGCAACAACAACCACAUGGGCGGCGAUAAAAAAAGUCGCCGCUGGCAGAAGCUUCGGGCUCAGAUUGUUGUUUACGUGUCGCCCGGUCCGGUGUGAAGUGGAGUCGUCUUCUCUGCCGCUGCUCUUCUGGCCAAAGCCAAGCCACAGCCACUGUCACAGCCACAGCCACAGGCAAAGCAAAUCGCACGGAACGAACCGCCGAACGGAAGAGCCCGCCGCCGACUGAUCUUGGCCAGAAACCGAGUCCACACCGCACACACGCACAUUGUGUAGCCAAGCAACUCCGGCAUUUGUUUGCCUUUGGUUAUUAUUGGUUUUCGAGUUGGGGAGACAAAGGCAAGGGAGUUUGACGCCGAGCAGCAUGAAUAUACACAUGAACGCCAAUACCCUGAAGUACAUCAGCCUGCUGACGCUGACCCUGCAGAAUGCGAUCCUGGGCCUCAGCAUGCGGUAUGCCCGCACCCGACCUGGCGACAUCUUCCUCAGCUCCACGGCCGUGCUGAUGGCCGAGUUCGCCAAGCUGAUCACGUGCCUGUUCCUGGUCUUCAACGAGGAGGGCAAGGAUGCCCAGAAGUUCGUGCGCUCGCUGCACAAGACCAUCAUCGCCAAUCCCAUGGACACGUUGAAGGUGUGCGUGCCCUCGCUGGUGUACAUCGUGCAGAACAACCUGCUGUACGUGUCCGCCUCCCACUUGGAUGCGGCCACCUACCAGGUGACGUACCAGCUGAAGAUCCUCACCACGGCCAUGUUCGCGGUGGUCAUCCUGCGCCGCAAGCUGCUUAACACCCAGUGGGGUGCGCUGCUGCUCCUGGUGAUGGGCAUUGUCAUGGUGCAGUUGGCCCAAACUGAGGGACCAUCGAGUGGCUCAGCCGGUGGAGCUGCGGCGGCAGCCACGGCCGCCUCCUCGGGCGGAGCACCGGAGCAGAACAGGAUGCUGGGCCUGUGGGCCGCACUGGGCGCCUGUUUCCUCUCCGGCUUCGCGGGCAUCUACUUCGAGAAGAUCCUCAAGGGCGCCGAGAUCUCCGUGUGGAUGAGGAACGUUCAGCUGAGUCUGCUCAGCAUUCCCUUCGGCCUGAUCACCUGCUUCGUGAACGACGGCAGCCGGAUCUUCGAUCGGGGCUUCUUCCACGGCUACGAUCUGUUCGUCUGGUACCUCGCUCUGCUGCAGGCCGGCGGCGGUUUGAUUGUGGCCGUGGUGGUCAAGUACGCGGACAACAUUCUGAAGGGCUUCGCCACCUCGCUGGCCAUCAUCAUCUCGUGCGUGGCCUCCAUCUACAUCUUCGACUUCAAUCUCACGCUGCAGUUCAGCUUCGGCGCUGGCCUGGUCAUCGCCUCCAUCUUCCUGUACGGCUACGAUCCGGCCAAAUCGGCGCCAAAGUCCAGCAUGCAGGGCCCCGGCGGCGACGAGGAGAAGCUGCUGCCACGCGUCUAGCUCUGGAGGAAUCUGGAGCUGUCAACAGUAUUUGUCUACAACCCGGAGGCCGUACGAUGAUUGCAUCUUAUGUUCUUGAUAUUCCCCACGUGUUGUGUGUAUAUAUGUUAGGGCGGAUAUUUAUGUCUGGACAAUUCGUAGCACUUUCCCCUGGAAACGAUAGUUCUAGUGUAAAUCGAACGAGAAACGUUAAAAAUACUUAAUUAUUUAUGUAACUUAAAUAUACAUAGGGUAUUCAAUAGCUAACGUAAAGUAUAGAUUAUGGAAUGAUCAACUCGAAGUGCACGUUUUUGUAUAUCAUUUUGGUUGUUACUCUAUAAAAGCAAAGGAAUACCGAAACCCUUUACCGGACAUAUUUUCAUUACCUAUCCUUUUGUAAAUAUCAACUUGCAGUUGAUUAGAUUGAGAGUCCAUAACAAAUUAUAGUCUUAAUGGUACACCUCAGUUUUGGACAAUUCCCCGCAGUAUAUUUACAUUAUUUUAACAAAAAAUAUCUUUAUUCCAGCUCUAAAUCACUUGGAUGUUAUUAGAAACAGCUUCGAAUUGCCCAAAAAGAUUUUUUGCACCACUUUACUAUUUUAUUUAAUGUGCAAUUAUUUAUGAUCACCUUGUUUACUUUACUAAAGUCUAAUUACUCGCCAAGCGUUAUAAAUAUGUUUCCAUAUCAAGUCAACGCAACUCUCAACAUUUUGUCAUUUUGUUUAAAUAAAAAUAAGACAAAUA